GUCACACCUGCACCAUGCCUGCCUGUCGCCUCUGCUUGCUGGCCGCCGGCCUCCUCCUCGGGCUGUUGCUGUUCACCCCCCUCUCGGCCACAGUUCCACCACCUUUAGGAUGGAGCGAAGGAGAGCUCUCAGGGUCAGAUACUAAGCUCUCAGAGACUGGUACUACUCAAUCAGUGGGCCUUGACCACACUACUCAAGUCUCCACGAAGCCACCGGCUGUGACCAGGGAAGGCUUAGGUGUCCGAGAAAAGCAGGGCACCUGCCCCAGCGUGGACUUCCCCAAGCUCGGCCUCUGUGAGGACCAGUGCCAGGUGGACAGCCAGUGUUCUGGCAACAUGAAAUGCUGCCGCAAUGGAUGUGGGAAGAUGGCCUGCACCACACCCAAAUUCUGAGCUUCAGCCACCAGCAGCCUGAGAAACAGAGAGAGGUCGUUUCUGCUGGACAGCGCAUCUGGAGUCGUUCCUGUGGCCUCCCUUCUCUCUGGGCUUUGCAUUUCUUCCUGGUCCUACAAAAGCAGCUCCCUUUUCUAACCAAUAAAGUGAUCACUAUCAGCAAUGGAGAAGCCAUAA